UUGAUAUUUAUGUUCGUUUGCGCGAGUGCUUACGACAUGAAGCUAUUCGUUACAAAAUGUGAAUUUUCGUAAAAUGAAAUUAAGAAAUUGUUAAUCUGCCUUUUGAGAAUGCGUAUGAUAAUAGAUGAGUUUAAUCACUUAAAAUUAUCGUGCGAUUAAGGAUUCUAAAUGGAAACUGAUCUAAUAGAUUCAGAGUGGGGCUCAGAUGAUGUUAUUUUGGAGCGGGACGGCAUGAAAGGAGGCGCAGACCCCCUUCUGAGCCAAGAACCAGCAAGUGUCCUGCCUUCCUACCAAAGUCUUAUGGAUACUGACUCGGGUCACGACUUCAGCGAUGAUAAACUCAUGAAAUCAGGCCGGUUGUACAGUCUCUACUUGCUGAACUCAGAGCAAGAGGAUAAAGGAGAAGACACUAAAGUACCAAACGGACAACACCAUCUUACCAACACACCCGAUGAUGAUGCUCUCUUCGAAGGAAUGCCAUUCUACGAAAUAAAGGGGAAAGAAAUCGGUCCAUGUGCCUAUUGUAAUAUGUGGCGUAGCGUGCAUUUCAUAUCAUAUUGUAGGCGCUACCCAUUCUGUAGCGUGUCUUGCACAAAGAAGUUUGCAGUCUGUAAAAAGGAGAAAGGCGAACUGCAGGAGAAAUCACCAGAGCAUUCACCAUAUGCUAAAAAUCUUCAGGUGCCAACACUGUUUCCUCAGCACCGACCCAAACCACUGUUUCCGGCCCAUGAAUGCGAGACUAAAGUUGUACCGGUGGUAAACCAGAAUGGGUUACACACAUUCAGUUGGACUAAUUAUCUUGAAUCUGAAGGAGUUGAGGCUGCCCCCAUCAAGUGCUUUCAUCAUGCACCAAUGUUCAAGGAAUGGAAGUCCUCCAUGCUGAGUGCCCUCAUUGAGGUCAACAAUCGCGAUGGAGGUGAUGAUAAAGAUUAUUUCUGGAUUGCCAGGAUUGUCCGUGUUGCUGGUUAUAAGGCUUUGCUUCGGUUUGAAGGGUAUGGCAUUGACAGUUCACAUGACUUCUGGGUUCAUCUCUGUAAAAUUGAAUGCUACCCAAUCAAUGGAGCCGAGAAGGCUGGCAAGAAACUCAAGCCUCCUAAAGACCUGAUGGAGAAGAUUGGCUCAAACUGGUUGGAAUUUGUAAACAAAGUAGCUCAUCAGGGUGCACCCACAAUACAGAUUUCAAAAGAACUAAUUAAGGAAGAGUUGAAAAGUCCGUUUGAGUUGAAUAUGCGAUUGGAGGCUGUAUACAAAAGACUUAUCUCUAGCACAUGUACAGCCUCUAUCAAAACCAUAGUAUCGAACAGACUACAAGUGCAAUACGAGAAUAUUGAUGAUCCCAAUCGAGACUUCUGGUUUAAUUCUUCUUCACCAUUAAUCCACCCAAUUGGCUGGUCCAGGAGUGUUGGUCAUCCACUUAUCGACACAUCUGCUUACAAGACAGAAGCCCUUGAUAGAGGAAGGAUUCUCAUUGACGCACCACCUCAUUUAUUUAAAGAUCUUCCUUUGGUUGGAGAAAACCACACUUUCCACAACGGUAUGAAACUUGAAGCUGUCGAUCCACUCAAACUCGGGAACAUCUGCGUAGCAACAAUCAUGUACGUUCUGGGUGAUGGCUACCUGAUGGUGCAGAUUGAUACGAUGCCCGACCAGCCAAGAAACGAGCCUUUCUGCUACCACAGUAGCUCAUCAUCAAUACUGCCUGUUGGUUUCUGUGAUUACCAUAAGAUUGAGCUCGUCCCACCCAUAGGUUAUACUGAUAUUUUUGAUUGGGAUGAUUACCUGAGAAGAACCAAUUCACUUGCAGCCCCUGUAGAGCUUUUUGAACAGGAUGUCACAAACCCUGGAUGGAAGCCAGGUCACAAGGUAGAAGCUGUAGAUUUGAUUGAAUCUUCCUUUAUCUGUGUGGGCACUAUAACUAAGAUUGCGGGCCCGCUUAUCCAAGUUCAUUUUGAUGGCUGGGACUCAUCGUAUGAUCAGUGGGUUGAUAUGCACAGCCAGGAUGUGUACCCUGUAGGUUGGUGUGAGCUGACAGAUUAUCCAUUACAGCCACCAAAAACUUCAGAAAAAAUGGAAUAUUCUCCACCAGUCCCUGUGCUUCCACCAUCAGCAGCAAAGAAAAGAAAAUCAGCAACAACUGUUCCAAAGAAAAAAAAACUGAAUGAAAAUAAUUUAAAUAAGCAGAAGAAAGUAGUACCUGUGGACAUUGGUAAAGCAGAAGCUAUUUAUAGAUUUUCUGAUGAUGAUGAUUUGUGUGUACCAAUAUCUACUACAAUAUCGCACCUGGAAAAGAAAAAACCUUUGGAGAAGAAGAUAACUGAUGACAAGAAGUCCUCCACUGAUAAGAAAUCAUUGACAAGCAAGAAGCCAUCUGAAAAGAAAAAAGUGGACAAGGUUGAUAAAAAGCUAGACAAGGAUAAAUUUAAGAAGAAGAAAAACCUAAAGUUGAAGAUUUGUAUGGAUAAUGCAACUGAAAAGACCAAAAAUAACUUGAAAAUGAUGCCUCCAGAUGUACUGGAAAUUUUGUCAAAACUCAAGAAGGAACCAAGUGCCCAUACACCAGUACAGAUAGAUGAAAUGGUGAGGGCUCAGGUUCGUAGCAGUAUAUUUGGAAAUUCAUCCUCUCCAGUCAUCCCACUUACAUCUGCGUUACCUGCUAAUUCAAUUGUACCUGCUUUACCUGCUAAUUCAAGUGUACCUCGUUUAGAUCAACCAGUACCAAGCAGUUUAGCACCAGUGCAGCCAUCUUUUUCGAUGGCGCAACUGAAACAACAUCCAAACCCAGGACAUCUGUCACAUCCUCCUAAAACAUCAGUCAAAAUGGAAGUAGUGUCGCAAUCUUCCAUCUCACCUGUACCAAGUAUAAAGUUGACCCCGACCGUUGAUAACAUCCCCCAUCUGGAUUUAAAUAGCACAUCUCAAGGAGCACUGCUGCAGCAAAUAGCAUUGUCAAACAAAUCAAAGACGAAACCAAAGCAACGUAUUCGAAAUGGCUCUGGACACGGACCUAAGAAGAGCAAUUCUAAAGCUAAAGGGAAAAAAACAAACUCUUUACCCAACUCACCAACUUCAAAAACAAGUCAUUUAGCAACCCUGCUGAAUUUACCUGGACAAAUUGAUCUAACAAAGCUAGAGCCGCAUAUUUACAAUGGAUUUUUGGAGCCUAGAUCAAAAUUUAGAUCUAAAAAUGACUCUUUAUCUCUGUCUGAUGAAAGUAGAGAAAGAUCUAGACACUCUGAUUUAGUGCAGGCAUUUGCUCAGAAUAAUCUUGCUGUUUCACCAUUACUACACAAACAGAAUGAUGUCACUUCGCCUCCUAACCAAGCAUCAGUGCUAACUCAAAGCAUCUCACACUCCGUCCAUUUACACAGUGUUGGAAUACAUUCAAGUAGUAUCGCGUUUAGCAAUGCAGGUCCGAUUCAGGAGAACGGCAUCAUAGCUGAUCAAGAGAAGAGACAGCAGCAAAGUGUUCCAAUGACACCUCCGCUUCCAUCACCAGUCCAGAACAGUUUACGGCCUGAGUUGCCACCCUUUGCCAGUCUUACCCAGCAUUGGAGAGGUUCUUCUGAGCCUAUGGCUGUGUGGGCUACAUCCCCUGUUUCCAAAACUAUGUCUUCAAGUUGCAAAGCUGUUGGGGAUCCAAUGACCCCAGCACCUAGCCCUACAUCUACCCCUAGUCUUCAUGUUUCACUGAGUCCAACACAGUAUUCCAACGCUCCAAUCAGCUUCCCAGCCCAGCCACACCCGAGUAGCCCCUACAUGCUAGUGCCGAUACCGGCCAGUCAGGAUGGUAAACCUUUUGCGAUGAAAACCAUCAACAUGACGCAAAAACAUCUACAGAUGAUAGAACAGCAGAAGCUACAGUCCCUUAAGAAUCUCGUAACUUCUCCAAAUGCCAGCCCUCAGCACUCGUUCCACAGCAGUGUACCGAUUGGACACAGUCUCAUGAAUGUACCUUCAGAGAAUGUACAAAUGAUGCCAGUUCCCAGGCUCAUGACUACCAACAUGAAGGGGUCCUCAGGGAGUUUUUCACCUUCCAACUAUCCUGUUCAGUAUGCAAGACUAGCUCAUAACUCGACAGCAGGUGGGCCUAGCACACCGUUACAUGCUCAGCCACAGCAGCUGGAGAGAAGGGAAGAAGUUAGAGACAAGUCUGUAAGAAGCCCCAACUUUGAUCCCUGGAAGUGGAGUGUGCCAGCAGUUGUUCAGUUCCUCAUUGACGCUGGUGAAGGUUCCUGCGCUGAUACCUUUCGUAGACAGAAAAUCGAUGGCCUCAAAUUUAUGUCAUUAACCAAAGAUCAGAUAGCGAAACUGACGGGAAUGAAAGUGGCGCCCUCUCUCAAGAUCUACCAUCAGAUUGAGUUGUUGCGCUCUCACUAUCCGUCACCAUCGACGUGAGGUAACGCUAAUUAUUUAACGUUUCCCACGAUGAUGAAUGUUUAUUUUAACGUUGCAAAGGCUAUUCUGUGUGUCAUAUUUGUAUUAUCAUUAUGUGUGUUGAUAAAGGUAAGUUUGCUAUAGAAUAUUUGAUAAGAAAAUUUAUUUAAUAAUAUGCAAGAAAUUUCUAUGUAUUAUAUAUUGUAGAUAGUUAUUAUUAAUGGUGAUUCAUCAGAUUUAAUCAAGAUUUGCUAAUUAAUUUCUUUUUAAUGGAAUCUGUAUUCAUUGAUAUUUCAAAGUAUGGAUUUCUUUUCAACUAUCUAAAAUAUUCUGUAAAGAAUAGAAUAGAAUAGAAAGAAAUUAUUAAAAUUUAAGAUAAAGUUAUUAGACCCUUGAAUCUGUUCGUCAACUAGUUCAAUCAUGUCGUGUGUCGAUGAUUUGCGAAAAAGGCAUCUUCUUAUUUCUUAAGCCGGGCCCUCACUGUUCCCGACGGUCAUCGGCCAACACGAUUCUAUGAAGAACGUGACGACGCGCACACAGACGAUUCGUUUGAGUUUGAUUCAUCGUGCGAUGGCUGUACGACCUUUGUGCGACACAGUGAUUGCCGGCUUUAGACACACGCCCAUUGUUAAACCACUUACGCAGCUCAAAUCUACUGCAAUAGAAAUAACAAUAGUAAUUUUUUUUUUUAUGUGGAAUUGUUUUGUUAUUUGUUGCAAGAUAUGCUGCUUAUUAUCAGAUAAAUAACUGUAAUAAAGAUUUAAUCAGAUAUUAUCUAUUAUUAGAGAUAAACUGUGUCAAUGUAGUAAGCUGGAAUAUAAUCAUAGAACCGAUAUAUAAUUCAGUAUUUGAUUUCUUACUUCAUUCAUUGCGAAAUGACAACAUUUUCACAGCAGUUAAAACAGACAAAUUUUCUGUUCCUAUACGUUUGUACCAGUUGCAUAUCUAGGGGUGCUUGAUGGGGGUGGGGGCCUAAAGGUGAAGUGUUGAGCUCUGCUCAAUAAUUAGGUAACGGAUACUAGCACACAAAUUAAGAUGAAUUUUAACUUCUUGAGCGUGAUUUUGAGAUGGCAACUGGGAGGCGAGUAUAUAUUAGGGUGUUGUGCGCCUUUCCGCUCAACCCCCUAGAUAAGCCAUUUAUUUGUACUGAUUCUUAAAGAACUGCCUUGUGAUCAUUUUUUAGGGAUUUUUGUACUAAAAUCGCUACUCUUCAAAUCAUUGAAAACUAAUUUGGUUGAAUCUCUGCAUCAUUGGAAGGUGGUAACUCAGUUUGUCUUUUUAAAUGCUGGAGCAGUCUAAUGAUAUAUUUGAAUUUUUUUAGGUAUCAUUAUCGUCGUCUUUAUAUAUUGUGCUUUAUCUUAGCAUACUUGCACAUGUAAACAAUCCAGUGCUCAUAUGAAUUUAGCAUUAACUUGAGAAAAUUAUUAUUGCUGUAGUAGUUUCAUAGGAUUUGACAAACAUGAUAGGAACUUAACCAAAUUUGUAUGAACUUAGUCUUUGGUGCAUACCGUGUAGAAUGCAAUAGUGCUUUUUGAUAUUAUUAGCGAGAUUUGUUUAACUAUAUGUGAGGUGUCAUUACAAAAUGAGUCGUACUCCAGGUCAGAAGAUAUGUAUGAUGAUAUCAUGUUUUAACAAAAGAGGGUUUUCAGGGUUGAUAGUUUAAUACUUAUACCCAAAAAAAUUUGCCAACAUUCUGAGUUGACUUUAAUACCUUGAAAAAGAUUGGGCAUAUUGUUUAAGGCUGGUUUUGUGAUGACAUCUCGUAUACUUUACUAGCAUAUUGAAGUAGAAGCCAAAUUUGUUUUAGUGAAUCAGGUUUUUAUAUAAUACAUAUAUUAUACAAUUCUUGUUUUUACACCAAAUGAAAAAUAUAUCACAGAUGGGGUACAAGUCAAAAAAGGGGUUUUUUUUAUUCUUUAUACUAUGUUAUCUCUUCUGUAAAUUGUCACCUUACUUGAUCAUAAUCAUGAUGGCCGCACUGCAAGGUGACAUUAUUUAUUGCAAUUUUGGAUAAUAUUUGAUUCAGAUUAAGGAUUAUGGGGUUGACUUACAGAGUAUACUAAAAUUAAUGAUGGUGAAGUAUCAUGCUGGGAUUAAAUGUAUUUUCUAGUUUUAAAUAAGGGAGUGGUUAUUGAGAUUAGAUCUUGAUGUCAAAGGUCAGGCAGAAAGCCUUAACAAAUUUCACAGCAAAUCACGGGAUAAAUAUAUAUAGAUGUUCACAUUUUCAGUGGUACAGAUAAAUAUUGCUUGAAAUCAAGUAUAAUACAAUUAAUUACAAUUAUAUGUAAAUGAAUCUGUAUGAUAAUGAGAUAUAAAGACGGGAUAUUUUUUAAAACUCAAAAUAACUAAUUCAAAAUAUUAUUAUUUUGGAUUUAUUUGCAGUAUCUUGCCUCUCCCAUCCAUACAUUCGUUUGUCUCUACCUGCUAAUAUUAGCAAUGUUUGCACCAUAACAUCAGUUAUUAAUUAUAUUAAAUUAAAUAGCAAGAAUUGCUUGAAAAUAUAAGCAAUGUCUAUAUUUGCAUGAGCUCUAAAUUGGACAUUGAUAUUAACACCUUAAAUCAAAAGACCUUGCCACAUCACAAAUUUAAACCAUUACAUACACCUAUCCCUUUCCUGUACAUAACUGCAUAGGGAUGGGUUUUAUGUGUGUUUAUAUAUUAUAUUCAUACACAUAGCAGUGUUUUUUUUUAUGUGUUAUUGUGUAUGUGUGUUACUUUUCAGUACUUUACUCAUUUGUCAUGAAUGAAAAUAAUUAGAACAUGUAGUGUUUGUAUUAAAAUUUGACAGCAAAUGUUUUAUACAAAACUUUGUCCAUAUAUCAAAUUUUCUUUGACAACGUUGUAUGCCCGUAUAUAGUCAUGAUGUUCCUAUAUAUGGUAAUGAUGUGAUGUCAUCAUUACCAUAUUUAGGAAUGUCACAUGUUUUUGUCAAAUAAAAUUUGAUAGUCUGGACAGGGCUUUAGAAGAAGCUGUAUUGUGUUACUAUUUGAUUUGUUUAGUAUUAAUGUUAAACCCUGUUCACACUAUAUGCAACAUGCCUUAAUAUGAUCUUGAUGACAUCACAUCAUGACCAUAUUGCUGUAGGCAUAUCAUGAAUAUAUAUGGUUUGGACAGAGCUUAAAUCUAUGGUCAGUAUAUACUUGAAGGCGGUGAAAUAUGUGCAUGUAGUCCAGUCUUUCAGAGACAAACUAGACAUUUAAUUACAAAGAAUUAGAAAGAAAGGAUACAUUGAUUGUGAAAUUUUCCCUUAAAUUCACUUGGUUUCCUAAAGAAUUUGACUAAGUUUGAUUUUAUUGAGAAGUUAAAACCUUGGCAGACCAAGUUAGUGUAAAUAAGUUAUGUGCAUAUGAGAGAAGAUAUUUAAGGAAUGCUUUAAUUGAGAAACACAUGCAAUAAGAGAAAGUAGCACAAUGCAUAACAGUACAAAGCUGAGAGAUUUAUAGAUUUUUUUUUAUUGUACAAUUAAUUUUAAGAGUCCAAUGGGAUUUAAUAAUUUGCCAAAAACCUCAAAUGAUUUAGGAUUGGUCUAUGCAUGUUUCUGCAAGAUCCUUCAAUAUAAAUUGCAGUGGGUUUUUCUAAAAAGUAGAACUCCAAGAGGCCUGACUCCCAGGGUUUAUGUUGGAAUUCUUAAAGUACUACCACUAAAUAGAGGGCGUCCUUUAAAAGAAUGUAAAGGUGGUAGUACUUUUAUUAAGGACUACCACCAGGAUAGGAAGCUGGCUGGUUUAAGCCAUCUAACUUGAAUUAGCCUUAUGUGCGGUAUUGUUAUGCUAAUGAGCCCGAUAAGAACAAUCUGCACAUGCUCAGAAAAACAAAAAACUAUUCUUGCUUUUGUACUGUUUCAUUGUAUGCAUACAAAAUCAGGGCAGUCAGACUUCAAAUCAAGUCAAAUCUGUACUCUUUGGUUUUUCAAGAUUAAAUUGAAAAGUAGAUGAAUUUAUAUCCAUGUGUCAGCUAUUUUCUGAUACAUGUGAUUUUUUUUUUAAGAAAACAUGAAUAAAAUUUUGAUUCGCCUUGGUAAAAAAAGAAAACAAUAUCAUUAAAGUGAUUUUAGGUAUUAAAUUAUUAAAUGCAAAUACUGUUGUACUGUUGUUGAAUGCAUUAUUGUAAAACAUUGUUAUUUUUUUAAAGUUUUCAGAUUUUAUAAGUGUAUAUUAUUAAUGUGUUGGUUUUUUAACGCUGAAUUUAAUAUUGUCCUUUUUCUGUUACCUCAUAGCAUACUUGAUCGAAUCUUAAAGUGGUGUGACUUUUAUUUGGCCUUUAAUUGAAGUACUGUAUUUAAUUUAAUCUUGUAUCCUGGAAUCAAUGUUGUUGUCUUUUUAAAAGUUUUGUCUGAGACUUUUUAGUACAAACAGACAGAAAAUAUUUAGUACCGGUAUUGGUGACAAUAAUUUUGAUAUGUGCUCCUUUAUAUAAAAUCUUCUAAUGGGAUGUAUUACGUUGAAGUUAAGUAUUGUGAGGGUGAAUGUAUAAGAUAUUUUGCACAGCCUUGUAAUAUUCAAUGGUUUCGGUCUUCCAGAAAAAGAUCUUAAAUAAUGUUUCCCUUCCCUGGUAGAAGAAGGGAAUAAUCACUAGGCCUAUACCAUUCAAUACGAUAACAAUUAUUAAAAUAUGUUGGUGAUUUAUUUCAUAAUUGUUGACGUCGUUCUUUCGUCAAAUGGGAAUUUAAUAGCCGUAAAGUCGGACAAUAGGGAGAUUUCGCAAGCUUACGAAAAUUAUAACGAAUACGGAUACGUCAUCAAGUUUUUAGUAAAGCCAUCCCCUGCAGGAGCAUGAUGUUAUCUCACAACGUAGGCUAUCCAUGUGUUACUACAUUUAUCAACGAUCAUGUUCAGCUCGUAUAUGUACUGUCAAUAAUGUUUUAGACACAAAUGAUGGUAAUAAAAAUGACUUAUUCAAUUCAUAUUCGUUAUCGUUUUUGUAAGGUUGCGAAAUGUACCUAAAUGUACAGGUUGUUUGCUGCUGCCUGCUCAAGUUCAAACAUCAAAUGUUGGUGUUUGCUGCCCUCAUAUGUUUAACAUUCAUUAAAUCGUGACCUGUACUGUGCAGUAAUUCUUUAAUAUUGACAACCGUCUUUUUGGGAACACCCUUUUGUAAGUUUUACAAAGUUAUUCAGAUGUAAUAUUUUUGGACAAGUAUCUGGACCUGAACUAGAAUAAAUUUGAAAUUUCAGUAAAAAAUGAUUAUAAAUAUUACAUUGUUUAAGAAUGUUUUCAAGUUCAUAAAAGUUGUCAAAUUUGUAUUUGGAUAUGUGAACAGAAUUAUGAUGACGUAAUAAUUUUUUUGUAUAAAUUUGGUAAUGCCUUUUUUUUACUAUUGAUAUCCUGAGCAUUAUGUAUAUAAUCAGUCUAACAGGUUCAUUAAAAAUAAUUUUUAUUUAUAAAUUAUAAAAAUUCAUAUCAUGUAUUUCAAAGGUCAUUAACAUGCAUGACCUUGUCAAAGGUAAUUAACAUGCAUGACCUGUCAAAGGUUAAUGCCACUUUUCUGUAAGGCAAAGUUCAUAGUCCCAAUGUGUCAUAUCACAUGUCAUUUUGGUGUUCAAAAACUAAACAAAUUUUACACACAUUGUUUGACCGUGUUAUUAUGGCCGUAUUUUACAAUGUACAAAUUGAUUGACUUUUUUUUUCAAUUCUUGACCACACUACAUUACAUACUGAUACAGUGAAAUUUGUAUUUUGAAUUUGUUCCAGAACGAAUCAUUGUUUAUAUAGGUCUUUUUCACUAUCACUAAGUGUAUACAAAAUGAUAGGCCUAUCUACCAACAGGUGUUCACAGAAUGAUAGAGUGUGGUGUUUAAAAAUGCUUGACCAUAACCACUGGUACAUGGAAUUUAAAUCGAGAAUUAGCUUGUCCUUAAUUUUUUCUCACUUUUUUUUUGGGAAAGGGGGGUCUUCCUGGACCCACCACUGUUACCAUUAACAUCAUGGAAGACCAUGUAAUAUAUAAGCAAUCAUUGUGUAUUCAUUCUUAUUAGUAAAGACUUUAUUUUUCUCCAGCUCAAUGGUAUUUGAUCAAUGGCACAACAAUAGGAAUUAAUUGUGUCAAAGUUUUUAGUUUUCAAAGUGAAUUUAAUUUUCAGAAUAUUUUGUUGAAAGUAUAUGGAUUAUGUGAACAGUGUACAUAAAACAAUCAACUUUAUGUUUUAUAUUUCUUUUUACAUUAAAAUGUUGUGUACAAAAAUGGAAAUUAAACACUUGCUCGGUUCAAAUCCUA